CUUUACUCUAGCAAUUACUAUGGCAGACAGAAACACAAUCACGACACGUCCCUCCUCUUCCGACGUCGAGGCACACGAGCCCGCAUCUCACACUCCCGGUACACCCAACCCCAACGAGAAAGCAUCCACAGACAACUUCGGUCCAGCUCCAGAUGGAGGUCUCAAAGCAUGGCUCGUUGCAGCCGGUGCUGCCUGUACCAUAUUCUCGACUCUCGGCUUCGCCAACUCCUUCGGCGUACUUCAAGAGUACUAUGCCGUACACCAACUCCGCGGAGAGUCCGCGGAUCGGAUCGCCUGGAUUGGCUCCCUGUCUGCGUUCUUCCAAUUCGCAGCUGGCGGAAUUGGCGGGCCACUAUUUGAUCGAUAUGGGGCGUGGGUCCUCCGCCCCGCCGCAGUUGUGUAUAUCUUCGCCCUGAUGAUGACAUCCCUCUGUACGGAGUACUGGCACUUCAUGCUUGCCCAGGGAGUCCUAGUCGGUAUAUCGACAGGCCUCCUGCAGUUUCCAGCAAUGGCGGCAGUCUCUCAGUUCUUCGACAAGAAGCGUGCUGCAGCGCUGGGCAUCGCAGUGGCAGGGUCUUCGGUCGGCGGCAUUGUCUUCCCAAUCGCCCUCUCAAAGAUGCUCAACAGCUCCUCCCUAGGCUUUGGCUGGUCGAUAAGAAUUAUUGCCUUCAUCAUGGUCCCGACAAUGAUCUUCUCGUGCCUCACGGUAACCGCGCGCCUACCACCACGAACAACAGCUUUUUUCAUCGGCUCCGCAUUCAAGAACCCACUAUUCAUGCUCAUCUGCCUGUCCUUCUUCUUCAUGCUCCUCGGAAUGUUCUCCCCACUAUUCUUUAUCCCCACCUACGCCGUCUCCCGCGGCACAGAACCAACCCUCGCCUCAUACCUCGUGGCAAUCGUCAACGGCGCAAGCACAUUCGGCCGCAUCAUUCCAGGCAUCCUCGCGGAUAAAUUCGGCCGCCUCAACGCCUUCGGCAUCGGCGGGAUCGCAACGGGGAUCAUAAUCUGCUGCAUGAACGAAGCAACCAGCACCGCGGGGCUCAUCGUGUAUUCCGUCAUCUUCGGGUUCUGGUCUGGCACGAUUAUUUCGGGAGGCAGUGCAGCAAUCACAUUGUGUGUGAAGCGGCCGCAGGAGUUUGGGACGUAUCUAGGUUCGGGGAUUGCGAUGGUUGGGUGUGCGGUGCUUGUUGGCCCGCCGGUUAGUGGUGUGCUGGUUGAUAAGUAUGGUGGGUUUUUGGAACUGGCGCUGUUCAGUGGGAUUAUCUGUACGUUUGGGGGUGUUGUUGCGUUGGGGAGUAAGAUUGUUACGGACGAGGGUCUAUUUGGAAGGAUUUGAAGAUUUAUUGAGAUGAAGAUUGUAAGAUAGCUAGGAGGUGAUCAACUCCGCUCAUCAUAAAAGCAAAUUGUCUUGGCA